AGAAAAUGACGGUAUCGUACUCUGGUAAUUUUUUGCGUUUAUUACUGCGAUGGAAAGGCUCAAUAUGGAGAUCCGUCUGGAUAGAGCUGGUCUUGUUCCUAGCAUUAUACUAUUGUAUUAGAGCUUUUUAUUACUAUGGAAUACCAGCCUUAGACGAGAGCGGAGAAUUGGGGUACAAGGAAAAGCUUCUUUCAUUAUCCAAGCUCUUCAACGAAUACACUAAAAACAUUCCUCUGACCUUCCUUCUCGGAUUCUAUGUCGCGAACAUCGUAUCCAGGUGGUGGAGCCAAUUCGAAUGCUUGAGCUGGCCGGAAGAUUUGUUGUCAGUCGUUUGUAUGAUGUUCCAUGACAACACUGACAGCUCCAAAAAGAAGCGACAUCAGAUUGCUAGAUACCUAAAUCUUGUGGCUGCUUUAGCCUGGCGCGACAUCUCCGAUAAGAUUCGUCUGCGAUUUCCAAGUACCCACAACCUGGUCGAUGCCGGUUUGAUGAAUGAACAGGAGUAUGAGAGACUGGAGAAGAUGGAGGGACCAGCUCCAGGUGUCCGGUGGAUGGCACCACUUCAUUGGAUUCAGCAGAUAGUAAGCAUUGAGGUAGAAGCCGGCCGUGUUCCUACACAUUUUAUGGCAGUUUUCAUGAACGAACUAAAGCUAUACCGCGUGUCGUUUCGCAAGUUGUUCUGCCAUGAUUGGGUAUGUGUGCCCUUGGUCUACACACAGGUGGCAUCACUGGCGACUUACGCGUUCUUCGUAUUCUGCCUCCUUGGCCGGCAGAAUUUUGAAUCUAAUGAAGAAUAUGACACUGUGUUUCCGUUGUUUACAAUUGUGCAAUUUAUCUUCUAUGUCGGCUGGUUUAAGGUAGGUCAAGACUUGAUGAGGCCAUUUGGACUUGACGAUGACGAUAUCGAGUUAAGCUACAUUCUCGACCGCAACCUUGUCAUUUCUUUUGCUACUGUUGAUUGCCUGCAGUCAGACAAACCCCCAGACUUUGAGCCAGACGUUUACUGGCAACAUCUGGAUAAUGUCAGCCUGUACAAGGAAACGUCAUCGCUGAAAUUUGGUCGAAUUGACCUAUCUCGGACAGCGCAUAAACACCCGCCGAAGUUACACACUUAUGUGCAAGUACACGACCAUGAAAAGGCAAUGAAUCUGGAAGAGUUUUCGGGUGGAGGACGACAACGGUACAUUGCGUGGUGAAAACAAUCAGUAUGCACCUUUCUCAGGAGCAAUCGGGUAAAAAGAAGCUGAUAUGUCGUUAACUAUUGGAGUUCGAGUUCAUAAUAAAGAUUUUGAGAU